CCCCUGGACCCGCAAGUUCAAGAAGGUGGACGGGAUAUUGGCACCUCGAGCAGGCAGGCGACUGCCCUCUCCACGCCUGGCGGAUGCUAUUGUGGCCCCAUAGUGGGCUGACAGGCUGGUAGAUUCAGCCACCAGGACCCCCCUUGCCCGGGCCCACUCUCCUUUACCAGGGACUAGAGAAAUCGAGACAUAAGACUGGGAGCGACUACGCACUCAAGGUCCGUAACGAAAUGUGUUUGGGGCAUCUUCCCGACAAUCUCGAACAACCGAAGGAUAUUAUCAUACGCCUUAAACUACCGUCGACAACAUGGUUUACUCCACGGAUGGCUUCACCUGGACACCCUCCGCAGGCCGCCGUGAAGGUCUUCCCACGAUUGGCGUUGUCGUGCCUCCGACACACUCCGCUCAGCCACAGGACGACAUCCAGGAUGUGAUUGUCAUCGGGGCUGGAUAUGCGGGGCUAGUAGCCUCUCGAGAUCUGGCUACACAAGGCAAGAAGACGCUACUGCUCGAGGCCCGCGACAGGCUCGGAGGCCGAACUUGGCAUGCCACUAUCAAUGGGUUCAACUACGAGAUGGGCGGGACUUGGAUCCAUUGGCACAUGCCCCACAUCUAUCGCGAGGUGUCGCUGUACGGGCUGCACAACGACUGGGUUGUUACUCAGAACCCGGGCGGUAAAGAAGACUACUUCACUGCCACGACAGGAAGCGAACAGCGCAAUAUGUCACACGAUGAGGAGGUUGACAUAUGCGGACGGGUCUUUCGUGCCUUCUGCAACAUCGACGGAGACGAUCUUAGACACUCGUGGAAGUACGCCUUCCGCACCGAUCAAUCGCCAGAGCUCAUGGCCGAGUGGGACAAACUCUCGUGCAAGGACCGGCUGGACCAGAUCCGCGACCAACUAUCGGCAGAAGAGCUGAGCGUCCUCGAGGCCCAGCUGGUACAGAUGGGUGGCAACUCCCUGGACAAGAUGGGGCUUCUAGACACCCUUCGUUGGUGGUCUCUGGGGUCACACACACCGACGGGGUUGAACGACAUUGCCCUUCACACGAGAUUGCGGAGUGGUAACAGCGAGCUGCAUCGGCGAAUCUUCGAGCACGCCCUCUCCACUGGCAACCUCUCUUACAGCUUCAAGACUCCCGUCCAGAGAAUUGAGGACGCGGGCAACGUUGUCACUGUAACCACUAGGGAUGGGCAGACGUGGAAGGCGAGGUCUGUUAUCUGCACUGUCCCGCUCAACGUCUUGUCGUCGGUCGAGUUCAGCCCGCCGCUUCCCGCAGACAAGCUCGAGGCUGCGCAGCAGGGUUCCGUCAACAAGUGCAACAAAGUCCAUAUGGACAUCAAUGGCCCGGACUACCUCUCGUGGGGCUCUUUGGGCAUCCCCGGAAAAGGCAUGGUCUCGGCCUUCGGAGAUCGGCUAACCCCUGCGGAUAACUCCCAUCUGGUGUGCUUUGGGCCCGACCCGAAAACCCCACUGGGCAUCUCUCUAGAUGAUGUCCAAGCUGUCAAGUCUGCGAUUAUCCACCUCUUGCCCAAGGAGAAGCAGAACGAAGUCAUUGUUAACCGCAUUGUUUCCCAUGAUUGGAACAACGACGAGUUUUCCAAGGGUACUUGGUGCUACCUGCCACCGAAUUUCACGACAAAAUAUCUCUCUGCCCUCCAGCGACCCCACGGAAAUAUCUUGUUCGCCAGCGCAGACUGGUCGGAUGGUUGGCGUGGCUGGAUUGACGGCGCUGUCCAGAUUGGCAUGCAGGCGGCGCGCCAGGUCAUGUUGCGGCAACAAAAGGUCGUAGAUGUGAAGAAGAAGGUGCUGACAAACGGCAUCCCCAAUGGUAUCUGAGAGUCGAGCAACGGAAGCUGAAGCUGGGAGUUGGAGAGUUCAACGAAACUCCCCGUGUUACAUUCAGUAAUUAUCCAUAGGGACCUUUGAACAGACGUAGAAGAACGACAUGGAGAUAAUUUUAGCUGCA